AGCUUUCCGACACUGACGCUCCAACAACGUGGGGCCGGCUGGGCUGGCGGGCCUCGGAACGGGAUCGCGAAAUGGUACCCAGGAAGGACAAGCUCCAACGUAGAAAAUGGGGCUCAGUCGCGGUGUGACCCGAAUGAUCGACGCAAAGUUUCCAGCCUCCUCUUCGCCUUUCUUCCUUGUGGGGGCUGCCAGCUUCAGAGCAAAGCGCUGCACCAACAAAAGCACAUCUCAGUGCGUGCUGAUGCCAGGCACCUAACUCGCUGUUGCUCUUCUCGUCGCUCGAGGAGGAAGGAGCACGCACGCACGCACGGCGAUGGAUGCGCUGCGGCCCUAGGCGCAGCCAUUUGCGCUUGCAACGUGAUGCCAGGCCAACUGAUCGUCCACAAUUGUGGGAUGGCAAGGAACGAGCACUCGCGUGGCUCAGCUCCAGGAUAGUCGCACUCGGGCUGCUCGACUUGCUUGCUUGCUUGCUACUGAUCGAGGAAGAUGGCAUGGACGUGGAAGAAACGGUACUCGGAUAGAAAUGGAGACGCGGUGAUCAGCAGCACCUCGCACCUCCCACCGAGUCCAAAUAAUGGUGAUCAUGCGAGGAUCUCCGAGGCAUGGACGCAAGCACCAUCGGAGUUGGCUCUCAAGGUGAAGGAGGCCGAAGUGAAGCAGCAUGCUAAAGUCGCCGAAGAAGCUGUCGCAGGAUGGGAGAAGGCGGAGGCCGAGACGGAGUCCAUGAGAAGGCAGCUGGAGCUCGUCCAGAAAGAAAAAGCCGCACAGCAGGAGCGUCUCUCGCACUUAGAUGCAGCGCUCAAGGACUGCACGCGCCAAGUGCGACUUGUCAGAGAAGAUCAAGAGCAAAAACGACAAGAGCUGCUGCACAAGAAAAACAAGGAGGUGGACAAAAUCCGAGCCGAGUAUGAGGCCAAGUUGGCAGACGUUGGGCGACAGCUGCUAGAGGCGGGGGCAGAGAACAAGGUGAUGGCGAUGACGCUCCAGGAGCAUGCUAGAACAAUCGGGGAGGUGACAGAUGCCAAGUCCCGAGCCGAGGCGGAGAUCAAACUGCUGCAGCACCGCAUGGAGUCGGUUGAGAAGGAGAAGGGAGCGCUCAAGUACGAGGUGCAUGUCCUCAACAAGCAGAUACAGAUACGAAACGAGGAGCGAGACUACAGCAAGCGAGACAUCGAAGCUCUCAACAGGCAGCACGCGGAGGACACAAAGGUGAUGAACAAACUGGAGGCCGAGUGCCAGAAGUUGCGGAUUCUGGUCAGGAGGAAGCUCCCUGGUCCCAAUGCUCUAGCGCAGAUGAAGAUGGAGGUGGAGAGCCUAGACGGGGGUGGCGAAAGCAAGAGAAGGGGUACUAGGAGCUCCACAGAAACUAAGCUGCAUCAGAAUGGUAGCCGGGAGAUCGAGCUGCUUCUUGAGAGGUUGCUGUCCAUGGAGGAGGAGACGAAGAUGCUCAAGGAGGCACUGGCUCAGCGGAAUGGCGAGCUUCACUCCUCUCGGCUUAUAUGCGCCAAGACGGCAACCAAACUGUCAGCCAUGGAAGCGUACUUCGACAGCGUUUCACGAACGCAUGGACUGUCCAAGCCGAAAGUCAAUGGCAUCGACGCGGACUGCUCGCCUAGUGUGGUAACGGUCUCGGAGAACGGCACUGCGGACGAUGAAGUUAGUCGUGCGGAUGCUUGGGCUUCUGCACUGAUUGCGGAAUUGUCACAGUUCAGGAAGGACAAACCAUCACCAAACAGCAUGACGAGCGAAGCCAUCAGCUCUCCAUCAACCUUUGGCGGCAUCAUGGAUGACUUCACGGACAUGGAGAAACUGGCAUCCGAGUUAACGAGCGAGAAAGCUUCUCUUGCCAUCGGGGAUGAUGAAGUAACAAUCAGGGAAGUCCCCGCGGCAAGGAAGCUGGAACAGGAUUUCGAGAAGGCAGAAGGAGCGCUCAAGCCACAGGUUAUUCAAGACGGUGGAGUGACGGAGCUCCAACUCUCGAUAAGCAAGGUGGUGGAAUCUCUUGCGGGGUCCCUCGGUCUUCUAUCGCCUGGGGAUAAUGCGGAAAUGAUCAUAGAUGGUGGACUGGAAGCCAGGCUCCAGAAAAUGAGUCCACAGCCGAGUGUGGAACCGGCACCAUCGUUGCAAGAGUUUGUCAGCGAGCUCCUUGGAGCGUUGGAGAUUAUAUCGUCCGCAGUUAGCAGCAAGAAGCACAGGUCCAGUGCGGUUGAAGUCCUCGACUGCGAGACCCAGACGUGCAAUGGCGAUGACAAGCUGGAGCUUGAACUGGUCCGCAUUGAGAAGAAUGCUCUCGAGAGCCACAUGAAGUCCGAGCUUAGUCGCCUGACAGCUAUGGAAGGCGAGGUGCUCCAGCUGAGAAGCGACAAGGUCCAGCUGCAGCAGGGCCUAGAUGCGGGGAAUCAAGAGCUUGAAGCAUCCAAAGCUCAGCUCCAGGAGGCACAGCAUCUCAUUCAGGAGCUACAAACAAAGCUCUCUCUUUCAGUACCGGACGGGACCAAGGAGGAGGCCAUGGUUGUCACUGAAGUGGAAUCUCAGGUUCGAUCCAGCGGUUCAUUAAUGCAAGAUGCGGUGUCACGGCUAGAGAAGGAGCUCGAAGAAGAAUACAAGCACCAUGAAGAAGACAAAGCAAGGAGUUGCAGGAAAGAGCAGCAGGAGAGUGCGGUGCAAGCGGAGGAAGCCGAGGACGACAGGCGGACACGAAAGGGGGAAGAGAUCGCCGAGGCCGAAGCGAAGCUAGCCGAGUGCCAGAAAACCAUCCUCGCUCUUGGCAAGCAACUCAAAGUCCUGUCGUCGUCACCCCGCCGGGAGGCGAACACGAACACGAGCACGAACGCUGACUCCAUAGUUGGGUCGUCGAGGGCCAACUCGAUGCUCUCAGUCUUGCGAAACUUCUCGGAGAGCGACCCCGAGGAGGAAAUGGUCUCUCGCGACGUGACCAUUGCAACACCAGUGAACGAGUCCUACAUUCCGACGCUACGCCAGGAUCAUGACGAGGAACAGGACGCUGGCUUCCCACCUUCGAGCCCGCUGAUGAUGCAGCGAGGGGGUGCCGGCUCGAGCUCCCCGGCCACGAAAGCCAGACGAUCGAGCUUCUCGCGGUUUUUCAGAGCCAAGAACAGUGCGUGACUUGGAGUGGAGUGGAGUGGAGUGGAGUGGAUGGACGAAGAACAGAAACAAAGUUGGCCGGGGCAGUCUAGAACGGGGUGUACAGUGUGGAUGGCGAUGGAGUUUUGGAGAUUUUUGGCAUGGCUUGGCUUGCACUGCUCGUCCAGGUAGCAAGCAACGAGAAAAAAGCGAAUCAUCAAGCGCACUCUCGCUGGCGGGGGGGUGAGAGGAGCAACUUUGCUUGAGCUUUGGGACAAGUGAAGCUUACUACUUCUUCGCUCCUUGCUCUUUGUUAUACGCAACUCACUCUUUUCUC